AUUAAAAACCUAAAAAAAUGUUACUAAACCCAAUUUUGUUUUCUAAAAAUUUUAGUUUUUUAUUAAUAAAUUAAAAAAAUGUAUCAAUUAUCUAUAAUUGUUAAAUAAUUGACAAUAUUGUGAAUCUCGUGUUAUGUUGAGAAUGACAAAGGAAGGACGCAUUUAAUUUUAUUCCAUAUUCUCCUGUUUAUAAACCACUAUUCAUUAUCAAAAUUUUUAUUUUAAAAAAUAGAGAAUUUAAUUUCUUGUAAAACACAAGGACAAAAUACCAUUUUUUCUAGAAACAAUUAUUAAAAAAAAAAUUUUUUUUGUCGUCAAUUCACACAUUGCGUUCAACCAGCUGCAGCAUUUUGAGAUUAGAAUAAAUAUAUAAUUGAAAAUGAUAAGUAAUUGUAGAAUAUUUUCGAAUAUUGGUACAUUACCAUUUUUUUUACCAAAUGAAGUUGUCAUUCAUAAUAUGUUAAAUGAUUGUUGGGUUUCCUAUUUUAAUGGUGUUUAUAAUCUCACUGAACUUUGUCAAUUGUGGAAGGGAACGAAAGAAAUAAAACCAAUUUUAGCUAAUGCCGGAAAGGACAUAAGUCAUUGGUUUGAUCGUGAAAAAAAUGACAUUAAACAUUAUAUUCAUCCAAAAAAUGGCAAAUUAGUGCCAUAUUGUCCACAUGGACCAAUACCGGAUGUAGCUUCAAUUUCAUCUUUAUCAUUUAAUUCAAAAAAAUCAAUAAAUAAAUUUCCUUGGUGGUUGGAUGAUAAUAAAUACAGAAUUGGCAAUUUAACAAAAAAUCCUAGACCUUGUAGAAUUAUUAAUGUUCUCACAGGAUGUGAAGCUAUUAUUUCCGUUUGUGAGGAAGAUACAAUUCGAAGAAUUCAAGAACGAUUUUCAAAUUUCAAUUCAAAUAACGCUUCGUAUAUAUGGAAAUAUGAAGAAAAACCCGUCGACCUUAAUAAAACUUUAACGGAAAAUGGAAUAUUAGAUGAACGAGAUCGUUUUAUUAAUUGUGGACUUCCGGAAGAUAUUUAUAUUCCAACUCUAUUGUGUCACUAUAAUAAUGAUCUCACAAUGACUUAA